GGGUUAGUGAUCAAUUGAAAUAACCCAAAUAUUCAUUCUUCCAAAUCAACAUUACCAAAAAACCUGGCAAACAUACGUGAGACCCCAAUAACUUCUCUAAAGUUAUUCGAAAGUCCUGAGACAUUGAGAAAAUAAAUAUCGCUUUAUUCUUCUCCAUCGUGGGCCCACGUUUGACAGUUCAAGUGCAGCCCCUUUUUCACAUUCAAGGCCUGAGAAAUGAAUUCUUGUGAAGAACCUGAGAGUCCAGUGUGUGAUACCCUGGAUCUCAGUGGUCAUGGGCUGAAGAAAUUGAGUCGUUGUCCCUCCGACGCAGACAUCAGCACUCUGAUUGUUGAUGACAAUGAACUCCAGCGUCUUGACAAUCUCGACAGUUAUCACAGAAUCAUCAAGUUGUCAAUAGUGAGGAAUCAAUUAUUGCGGAUGUAUGGUGUCUCCAAGUUGCAUAAUCUGGUGACUCUGAAUCUCGCUAAUAAUGGGAUAUUGACGAUAGAAGGCAUCAAGGAUAUGCCAAAUUUAACUACCCUCUGUCUGGCUGGAAAUAAUGUCAAGUCUAUCGAGCAUCUUCACACCAACACGAAACUAGAGCACCUGGACCUCUCUGAGAACAGCAUAAGUCACGUCUCUGAUAUUUCCUAUUUGAGGAACUUGAAGGAAUUAUUUUUACACAACAAUCGAAUAAUAACUCUCCGCCAGUGCGAGAGGUAUCUCCCCACGUCCCUGGAGACCCUGACCCUCGCCAACAACAACAUCACAGACCUCAACGAGAUGUCUCACCUUGGAAGUCUGACAAAUCUCAUAAACUUCUCGAUAGCCAACAAUCCCUGCGUCAGUGCCACUGGCAACACACGUAGUGGAUUCGACUACCGACCGUUCGUUAUUAAUUGGUGUAUGAGUCUCAAAUCGAUCGAUGGGUAUCCAGUUGAUCCAAUUGAAAGCCUCAAGGCAGAGUGGCUGUACUCCCAGGGACGAGGUAGACAAUUCCGAGUGGGUGAACAUUCCCAAUUGGCCCAGUAUCUGGCCUCUGUGUGUCCCUUAUCAGGUGAAUGUCUUGAGAACGAGACCGACAGAAAAUUGAGAUUGAUUCUCAGUAAAGCUCAGCAUCACCAGCAGCAGUUGAGCCAGCAGGGGGACACUGGUAAUGUUCACGGUAUGAGCUCCUCACCAGCUGCUAGAAGAAGACUGGGAGGUAAUCGCACCAGCUCCCCUCGCCGUCCAACUUCAAUCCAAUUAGGUGUUACGAGAACUUCCAUGAGGAUGAGGUCACCCGACAGAAUGGUUGCCAGUUGUCACAACGAGGCGAUGGUGUCCUCUUGUCAUGGGGGCCUAGAGAGUCAUGAGCCCCUCAUGACCCAGAGUUUAGAUCCCAACAUGCUGUGUAAUACUUUCAGCAGUAAACUUAAAGAUUCAACUCUUCAGGAUGUCGAGGAAACAUCGAGUCCCCUCCAAGCAGCUACGAAACUAGUACCCGUCCCUGAAUCCCUGAUGAGUCCUGAUUUUCGGCCACCCUCAGGCCUCUCGCGAAUCCUCCCAAAGACCCCCCCAAGUCGCCUGUCCUCUCCCAUCCAGACGACCAUUCCCUCGAAGCUCACAGAUCCAUCAAAGUCCCACCAGAUAAUAAACACCACCACUCCAUCAAAAUUCUCGAGCCUCAUCCACAAAUCCACCCCUUCCAACCCCCCAAAAUCCAACAUAGCAAAGCCAAUUCACCCCACGUCCAACGGUAAAUGUCCCCAAUCAGUAAAAAUCAACAACUACGUGCAAUCCAAGACGAUGACCCCCAGGAAGUCCCUGAAGAAUUCUCCAAACCUUCCUAGGGCAAAGCCAAAGUCCCAGAACGACAAAACAAUAAAGCAACAGGCGAAUGGUUCCAAGAAGCCGAAGGAGGACGAGAAUAUUCCGUCUAGCGAUGAAGACAGUGAGUUCUGUCAAGCGAAAUUGGAUGGGAUUCGUCACAGGGCGAUCCAGAGACGCCAGGAGGACACGAAUAAAUCCGAGGACCAGACGGAGAAGGCAGCUCUUUUGAUCCAGAGGAUCUGGCGAGGAUACCACACGAGAAAUCUCAAUAAGAACGCAACCAAUGUCUUGAAAACCAUCGAGAUGAUGAGGACCAACAAGUACAUUCAGAAACUCUCCAGUGACAUGGAGGCAACAAGGACAGCUUUGGAGAGUGAACACAAGCUUCAAUUACUGCAGAUGCAGGCAAUCAACGCUCUCUGGAAGAAAGUAGUGAGUCUGCAACCAGGUAGAGAGGAAGAUUCAAAUACGGAUGUCGUGACAAAUCUAGCUCAGACCUGCAAUCUGCUGCACAGUCAAGUACAACAGCUGCAGGACUCGAUGAGUGAAAUCAAGAGGUGCAUGUCUCAUAUGCAGCCUAGAGCUGGGGUGGACCAGGGGGUGGCAACUCAGACUGAAAUUUCAGCGGUUCACACUCCAGCAGGGGAGGAGAAUACUUUUCCGUAUGGGAGGACUGUUCACAGGCCUCAGUCCUUGUCCAUUCAUCAAACCAUUCAUGAAGGGGCAGAGAGCAAGAGCUUUGCCACUAAUUUAGUCGAUUCUGUUCUGAAAAAAGUGUCACAGAGCACUGACACAACUGAUGAUGAAGUCAAUACUGAUAUAUUAAACUCCAGCAGCAAUCCAGAGCUGGGGGAAUUGGACAGGGGAAGGGAGGGUGGGCAGGCGGAGAUGUUCAAGAGUUGUGAGGAGAUGGAGGGAUUCAGGGAGGAUGGAGUCGAGGGAUUUGAGGAUGUCGUUGAGAGUGAGGAGGUGCUGUGCAAGGAACUCCAGGGGAUGAUUGAGAAAGAAGGGGAUUGUGAUAUGGGGGAGGGCAGUGAGUCCGUAUAAUGGGCCCGUAGCUUUAUUACUCAUUGUGCUCACUGUAUAUAAUGUGCAAGUGCUCGUCAUGUACCAAAGAUGAUUUUUUUUCAUUUGGUGAGAGGUAGAGAAAAUAGAGAGAUAAUUUUGAAAAGAGAUGAAAAGAACUUACGAGUAGUUUUCGAGGAUUCAGUACUUUCGAUUGUCGAUUAAUUUUCUCUACCACCAUUCAUUCAAAUGUCUGCAAGCUGCCAGAUACAAAGAUUGAUAAGGCUAUCAGGUUUGAUUAGAAGGUUUAAUACAAAACUGAAACGAAUUUCGUAGGACUUUAGACCGUACUCAAUUGCUCAGUGAAAAAUACAAAAUACUCUUAACAAACCAAAACGUUUUUUCUCGACGAAAAAUUCGAGUUGAAGCGACAGAAGAAAAUAGACUACAAAAAUUGAGAAGCUGAUAAUGACUAAGACAUUCUUACAACCAAAAACACCAAAUUCCAAUUUUUCUCUUCAGUUCGGACUUUACCCUAGAACCCAUUAGUACUGGAAUAAAAAUAAAAAUUCUCGGUUUAGUUUGAUUUCGUAACUUCGACUGAAUUGUUUGUAAUUUGAACGUUUAGUUCCAGUUUUUGAUGUAGGUAUAGUCAAUUAAUUUAUAUUCGACGUACGAAUAUAAUUGCGUUAUAGGACCCGUUAUGUAGGUAAAAGUUUCUCGUUGGCAUUAAGCCCCUGGUGAUUUCGUCUGUAGACUAUUAAUGGCAGCAGAAUGGCGCACAGAUUGUUAUUUUCAUGCGCCACUUUGCUAAUUCCUAUUGAAUAACUGAAGUUUAAUAUUGACUAUUGACUAUUUUACGUGUGAAAUGGAAUCAAUAGUGGAGUGGGGAAGAUUCGUCUGAAUGAAUUAAAGUUAAAUUUGAAAAUUUAACAGAAACUUUAAAAAGACUACAAAAUAGCUUACCUUCUAAUUUUUACUGGCGAAGGAUUUGACGUUUUUCUCAAAUCUAUAAGGUUGAAAGAACGUCACAAUCUGGAUUCAUCUAUCCACCACUCUGCUAUGAAAAAUUAUCUCCAUCAUUCCUCUCGAUGUAGCAUAUGCUCAGUAUUUCCUUAGUGUUCCAUUCAUUAAUUUAUUUAUUUAUGCUUAAAUUUAAGAUAAGACAGUGUGCG